GCCGCGCGCGCAGCCUGACGGGCCGUGGGGUCCUCGCACGCGUCCUUCUCCUGUAGGAACCUGCGUGCGCCGUGCGCGCGACUGGAAGAAGCAGCAUGCUGAUCCCAUUUUCAAUGAAGAAUUGCUUCCAGUUACUUUGUAACCUCAAGGUCCCAACAGCUGGCUUUAAAAACACAGUAAAAAGUGGGCUUAUUUUACAAUCGAUUUCUAAUGAUGUUUAUCAAAAUCUGGCUGUAGAAGACUGGAUCCAUGACCAUGUGAAUCUAGAGGGCAAGCCGGUUCUUUUCCUUUGGAGAAAUUCUCCCUCUGUUGUAAUAGGUAGACAUCAGAAUCCUUGGCAGGAAUGCAACCUGAAUCUGAUGAGAGAAGAAGGUAUAAAACUGGCUCGGAGAAGAAGUGGAGGAGGAACAGUCUAUCAUGAUAUGGGUAAUAUCAAUUUGACUUUUUUUACAACCAAAAAAAAGUACAAUAGGAUGGAGAAUUUAAAAUUAGUUGUGAGAGCUCUGAAUGCUAUCCAACCCCAGCUGGAUGUGCAGGCCACUAAAAGAUGUGACCUUUUACUUGAUGGACAGUUUAAAAUCUCAGGAACAGCUUCUAAGAUUGGCCGGACUACUGCUUAUCACCAUUGCACUUUAUUAUGUAGUACCAAUAGGACCUUCUUGUCAUCUUUGCUGAAGAGCCCUUACCAAGGGAUCAAGAGCAAUGCCACUGCUAGCAUACCUUCCGUAGUAAAAAAUCUUUUGGAAAAAGAUCCCACUCUGACCUGUGAAGUACUGAUGAAUGCUAUUGCUGCAGAAUAUGCUGCUUACCAUCAAAUUGAUAAUCAUAUUAACCUAAUAAACCCAACGGAUGAGACACUGUUUCCUGGAAUAAAUAAUAAAGCCAAAGAACUACAGACCUGGGAGUGGAUAUAUGGCAAAACUCCAAAGUUUAGUAUAAACACUUCCUUUAAUGUAUUAUAUGGACAGUCAUAUUUGGAAAUUAAAAUAGUCAUAGACAUAAAGAAUGGAAGAAUUGAAAUCUGUAAUAUUGAAGCACCUGAUCAUUGGUUGCCACUGGAAAUAUGUGACAAAUUAAAAGCAGGUUUUAUUGGCAGUAAGUUUUGCCCAAUUGAAACUACUAUGCUAACAAGUAUAUUACAUAAAACAUGUCCUAAAGAUGAUGAACUACACAGUAAAUGGAAUAUUCUCUGUGAAAAAAUUAAGGGAAUAAUGUGAUUCCCAAUAAAUUUAUUAAUGGUUUUAAUGAUAAUAAAAUGUUUACUUUGUA